AUGACUGAAAUUGUCGAGAAUCCCAAUUUGAGUACACGUCGAAAAUUAGAUUUACUUUUACAAGAAAUGGACACCAUCUGUCGUGAAAUCAUUUCUCAAUUAUACAAUCCCUCGUUCACAACUUCCAAUCUCAAUGCUCAAACGCUCAUCGAUAUGUUCAUUGAACGGCAGAAUUAUCUAACACAACAAAUUCAGAUUGUUCGGCAACAACAGGAGCUCGAACGACAAUUACAGAUCAAACGUGAUGAGAUUCUCAAAUGUGAUCGCGCACUACGCUGCUUACAGACAUAUCUCUUACAAGCAGUUCAAGUUCUUUCGUCAGCAGUUUACCAAGCCCGUGAAAAAUUAGCGAAUAUUCGUCGGGCGAAAACAUUCCCUUCAGAAACAAUCAUUCGUUAUGCUCAUCAAUUAGCGUCAUGUUAUUCAACUGUUGCACCAGAUAAUUGGCAGCAAGGCGAUCUACGGCGACCCUAUCCAACAAAUAUCGAUAUGAGACGUGGUCUGCUCGGUCGGAUCAGUGAACAAAUCUUACAACGACAACAACAACAACAAUUCACCACAUCAAAUUCAAUGGUCACAUCAGCGACAGUAGUCGAUUCAUCUGCGCCACAAAAUAUAUCGUCUUCUUAUACACCUGUGACGACAGCUGUACGGCCAGUUAAACAUGAUACGACGUCGUUUGCAUUGGAUAUUUUCUCGUCAACGAAUGAAGAUACGAAUCAUUCAAAUUUCUCAUCGAGCGAUACAGAUUCGUACGAUGAUUUGUGA